GCCGAGAGGAGGAGAGUCUGGAUGGACUUGUAGACAGGUCAAAUAAAUAAACAAACCACAGGGGGAAGGGGAAAAGGAAAUUCCCUCCUCGCUUUUCCUGUUCCCGAGCCUCUUGCGCUGCGCAGUGUUGGCGAGGGGAAGCGGUGCGCAAUUUUCUAUCGCUCUGAGGAAAGGACCACAGCCUGAAACGGCAUUUCCGAGCCGAGACUGACGGAUCAAAGAGGAAAGAAACGCUGCAAUCUGACGACCUGCUUUGCACUGCGGGUUCUUCAUUUAUUCAAAAGCUUUUUUUUUUUAAUGCAACGACGAAGGAGGGAAAGGGAGCCAAAACCGAUGUUCUCCUCCAACAGGGAUAUUUGACCGACCUAUGCAGCGCUGAUUUAUAUACCUUAUUUUUCAGAAACACUGUUCUACGAUUAGACGAGUCUAUUCCUGUGCUGGCCGAUUAAAAAAAUAAUAAUUUCACCGGGUUGAGAAAAUAGCUUUCGUCGCCAGCUUGUUACAUAACCGAGUGGCUUUAGCUCUCCAAGGUGCUGAACUGAACGCUCGGAGCCUAUAACAGGACGAGCCGCCGGGAAUUCACAACCUUGCGUCACAGGCCUAUCAUCCAGGAGAGGGACGCACUGGAUCUCAUCUCACUGAACCGCAGGGAAGAAGCUGGGUUGUAUUCUUAUUUUUCCCCCCUCCCCCCUCACCGUCCGUGGUGAAAUAAAUUCCUGAGGAGGUCGAAACAACUGGGAGAAAAUGUCGGGGCAAACGCUCACGGAUCGUAUUGCCGCUGCGCAGUACCAGCUAACGGGAUCGGAUAUGGCCCGGGCUGUCUGCAAAGCCACCACUCAUGAAGUGAUGGCGCCCAAGAAAAAGCACCUGGAAUACCUGGUGUCAGCCACCAAUACCACCAACGUGAACAUCCCUCAGAUGGCUGACACACUGUUUGAGCGAUCCACCAAUGCCAGCUGGGUGGUCGUCUUCAAGGCCCUCGUCACCACUCACCACAUGUGUGUCUAUGGCAAUGAGAGGUUCAUUCAGUACUUGGCAUCCAGGACAUCCUUGUUCAACCUCAGCAACUUUAUUGACAAAACUGGAUCUCAUGGCUAUGACAUGUCUACAUUCAUCAGGCGGUAUGGACGAUACCUGAAUGAGAAAGCCUUUGCUUACCGCCAGAUGGCAUUUGACUUCACCAGAGUCAAGAAAGGCGCGGACGGCGUGAUGAGAACCAUGACCACUGAGAAGCUGCUGAAAGGCAUGCCUGUUCUGCAGACACAGAUUGACACACUCCUGGAGUUUGAUGUUCAUCCCAAGGAGCUGAACAAUGGGAUCAUCAAUGCUGCAUUCAUGCUUCUCUUCAAGGACUUGGUGAAACUGUUUGCAUCCUACAAUGAUGGGAUCAUCAACCUAUUAGAGAAAUUCUUCAAAAUGAAGAAGAGUGAAUGCAAGGAGGCCUUGGAGAUCUACAAGCGUUUCCUGACCAGGGUGACAAAGAUUGGAGAAUUCAUGAAGCUGGCUGAGACAGUUGGAGUUGACAAAAAUGACAUUCCUGACAUCAACUAUGCUCCCAGCAGUAUCCUAGAAUCUCUGGAAACUCACAUGAAUGGCCUGGAGGAUACAAAAGGUGGAAAGAAGGGUGAAGGGUCUCCAACAAAGGGAUCUCCUACAAACAAUGUGUCUCCAACAUCAACUCCAGCCAAAUCUUCAAAUGCUGUUCCCACACUGCAGCCUCCUCCUGGGGACAGUGCUGCCAGCGCUGCUGCUUCAGCUGCUCCUGAACCAGCCGAAGAUUCAUUGCUAGAUCUGGAUCCACUGGCUUCUACUGGCCCUUCAGCACCAUCAGCUGCCCCCACAUCUUGGGGAGAUCUUCUUGGAUCAGAAAUGGGCGAUUCCUUGCUAUCUGAACCCACCCUCGCAGCUGAGCCCACCCCCUCCCUUGCAGCGGCAUCGCCCACUCCUGCAGCAGCAGAACCCGGAGUCUCUCUAGCUCCUCCCACUAGCACAGCAGCCGCCACCUCCCCUGGCGCCGCCAAUGUGGAUCUGUUGGGAGAAGCCUUUGCAACUCCUGCUCCUGCCGCUGAGGCCUCCGCAGGAGCAGCUGAAGGUGGGGCUGCUGCUACAUCCACCCCAGCUGCUAACGCUGGAACUGACCCCUUUGCUCCCUCAGAUGGUAGCACCAACGCAGCAUCUUCAGGUCUAGACCUUUUCGGCAUGAUGUCAGUGGAGAGCAAUAACCUGGCUAGUUCCCUGGAUGCCUGUUUUAGCUCCGGUGUGCCCCAGCCCUCCCCUUCCCAUUCCCCUUCACCGCUCUUCACCUCCUCAUCCAACACCAUCACCACCACUGCAACCAUUUCAGCUCCCAUUGCCGCCAGCACCACCAGCCCUGGGACUGACCUUUUCAGUGAUAUCUUUGACUCCAUGCCAGACACGAGCUUCUCCAAAACAGACCCCGCUCCCAGUGCUGACUUGUUUUCAGCAGCAGAUGUGUUCAGCUCCUCUGCCCCCAUCCUCUCCUCAGCACCCCCAUCCAAAAUUGACACAGGAGCCAUCAUGAAUCUGUUUGGUGAGCCCACAGGAGGAGAUGCCCCAGCUGCUGCUGCUGCCCCUGCUCCUGUUGCCCCCGGUGCUGAACUGAUGUCAGUAUUUGAUGGCCUAGGGGAUGUAAUGAAGCCCACGGUGACUCCCCAGGCUGGGGAUGUUGACACCUCUAUGGCUAACAUGGCAAGUAAUCUCACAAUGGGAACUCCAGCGGCCCCUCAGGUAGCUCCCCCAAGUUGGGGUGCUCCCAUGACCAUACCCAUGGGUGUCAGUCCUUUUAUGGGGAUUCACCCUAGCUUCACCAUGGCCGGAGCACCAGUUGCUGGAGCUCCCAUGAUGCCAAUGGCGAGACCAGGCUUCCCAGCCGCUGGGGUGACCCCAGGAGCACCGAUGUCUCCUGGAAUGGCCCAGAGCCCCAGGAAGCCUCCACCACCCAGGAACGCUCUGGAUGACCUCAAUAUUAAGGACUUCAUGUAGACUGACUGAUCCAGAAACCCCCAAGGUUUGUCAUCGUGUCUGGAGCUCUGUGGAUGUGGAUGUCUGCACCCCCCCGCCCCUUUUCUCUGCCCCUUCAGCCAGCCAGCCAUCAACUCUUCGAUCUUUGCCCCCCCCCCCACCAGCCGCGACCCCUGAAAGCAACCUGCCCUCUUUAUCUAAUGUUGUAGCACAACUGUGAAUGUGAACCCUAGAUACAGAAAAGAGAAUUCCGUUUAUGUGUGUGUGGGUGUGUGUGUUAUUCAGUGUUAACAUUUACUUAAUAUACUACAGAAAAAUUAACAAAAAAAUCAGUAAAUGUGUAUUUAGAUUCAUUCUGGAUUUUGGCGUAUCAGCUGACUUGGAAUGGUGGAUAUAUGUUGGUUUCUUUGCGCAUCUCCCAGACGAAGACUGUGUUGUUCAAUGUGGACUGUGUUCGGUGUAACUUCACUGGCCAACUCCCACUCCUCUAUCCCUGUUGUUCAGACUAAUACUGUUUAUUGUCAUUAAAGACUUGGUUGUACCCAUAUAUAUAUCUGAUGGCCAUCCAUCCUACCUGUCUACUUCAAGUUUUUUGGACAAAAGCUCCUUAUCAAAAUGUACUUAAACACCACUUGCAAUGCAAAUCUGGGCUUAUCACUAAGGACAUUAAACAGUGUUUCGUUUCA